AUGCAAGUCAAAGUCAAAACAUUAACAGGUAGAGAUAUCUUGGUUGAUAUUGAACCAACUGAUAAGAUCAUUCGUAUUAAAGAAAUGAUGGAAGAAAAAGAAGGUAUACCACCAGCACAACAGCGUUUCAUUUUCAAUGGUACACAAUUAGAUGAUGAAAAGACAGUGGCGGAAUCUGGUAUUCAAGCUGGUUCAUCUUUGCAUUUGGUGUUAACUUUAAGAGGUGGUUGUUAG